AUGCAUGAUUCGCUCCAUCAUUCCUCUACAGAGGACACACUCAGGAACGAGUCCGACAUCGAACCGGCGAUGCCCACACCACACGAGGAGCAGCCUUUGCUCUCUCAGGAGGCUGAAGCCGCCUGGAAGCCUCCGGUGGGAUUUGUCUGGAUACAACUAGCCAUCAUGUCUAACGUGUUUCUAUCUGGCUUCGACGGCACCAUCACCGCAUCAACAUACGCUGUAAUCAGCUCCGAGUUUAACGCAGCUAACACAGCAUCGUGGCUCACGACCUCCUACCUGAUCACUAGCACCGCAUUCCAGCCGCUAUAUGGUCGCUUCUCUGACAUCUUUGGACGACGGAUAUCGUUCUUCACGGCCACGAUAACCUUCAUGAUCGGUUGUCUGGGGUGUGGGGUUGCCAAAGAUAUCAUUCUCUUGAAUUUGAUGAGGGCGCUUACUGGUAUUGGUGGUGGUGGGCUGAUGACAAUGGCCACCAUCAUUAACUCAGACCUCAUUCCUUUCCGUCGUCGUGGGAUGUAUCAAGCCGUCCAAAACGUUCUACACGGGUUCGGAUCUAUCUGUGGGGCUUCGUUUGGAGGCACGAUUGUCGAUUCAGUCGGAUGGCGCUGGUGCUUUUUGAUGCAAGUUCCCGUUGGAUUUUUGGCUCUCAUCACCGGUCAUCUUGUCCUUCAUCUGCCUACGCAAAACAAAUAUGCCAGUGAGGGGCGGGGCCUACGGACUAUCUGGAGACACGUCGAUCUGUCUGGAGCAUGUGCCCUGAUUGUUGGCCUGUCAACACAAUUGGUGGGUCUGAGCUUGGGUGGAAAUGAGCUUCCCUGGUCCAACGUGUGGGUGAUACUAUCUUUCGUGGCGAGUAUGGUGUCGCUGGCUCUCUUCGUGCUUAUUGAGUACAAAACAUCUGCAAUUCCACUGAUACCGCCGAGGAUGCUGAGAGGCGUGCUGCCGAUUGCCACGCAAAUUGCCAAUGUUUGCGCCGGCAUGGCUGCCUAUGCAUUUCUUUUUACCCUCCCUCUAUUAUUCCAGGUGAUCCUAUUGGAUUCCCCCUCUAAAGCUGGAGCGAGGCUUGCAGUACCGUCUCUGGCUACCCCAAUCGGCGGAGUGAUUUCCGGCUUUGUGAUGUCGCGCUGGGGCAAAUUGGCCUACCUUGUCCGUACAGGAUCUCUCCUGAUGUGCCUUGGUAAUGUACUUUUGAUGCUUCUGCAGUUUCACGAUGCAGAGUGGAAGUAUUAUGUGGCGAUGAUUCCUGCGAGUCUCGGCCAGGGUAUAACGUACCCUGGUAUCUUGUUCACAUUUCUUGCCGCAUUCGAUCAUGCAGAUCAUGCCGUGUCGGCCUCUACUGUCUACCUGGUCCGUUCAAUGGGCACGGUCUGGGGCGUUGCGAUCACGUCCACCAUCAUCCAGAACACAUUGCGCUCAGGCCUCGCGGAGGCCUUGAGUGGAAUACCAGACAAAUGGAAAGUAACUCUCCUCCUAGUAAUCGAUGACAUUCGUCAUUCAGUAUCUGCCAUUCACAACCUGCCGCCAGAGAUCCAGCUAGCCGCACGAAUGGUCUAUUACCAGGGAAUCCGGCUGUCAUUCUUGGCAUCAGCCUGCUUCGGCUUUGUGGCUACUAUUGCGGCCCUCUUCACCAGAGGCAAGGGCCUGCACCGUUCAAGCGAGGUGUAG